UGACGAAGUAAUAUGUGGUGUAUCAGCGGUAUAUAUCGGUCGGUUAAGGCCGAUUUGGGGCAUUUCGUCAACUCUUAUUAAUUUAGCAACAAUUAUACUUUAUGUAAUACUAAGCCGAGUUGUAGUGAAGGCUAAAACAACAACUAGAAACUUCGAGUUGUUGCAAACAUUGAAGAUAAUCGUGGCAUUUAUGGGACUGGGACAUUCUGCAACAAUGGUGGUUUAUAUGUCGGCAGUGUUCUUGGAUAUUUCCAAAAUGGCGGCAUUUUAUAUGAUAUGCCAUGGUGGAAUACUUAUUAAUAUAAGCACUUCAUGCAAUUGUACGGAAUAUCGAAACGAAUUUAAAAAGCAACUCAGGAAAUUUCCAUGCUUAGAGAAUAUCAUACAGCUAGAACCAAAACCUUCAAUGAAUCAGGUGACCACGGUUCACCAGUAG